AUGGCUACUCUCACGUUUCCCGAUGUCACCGUCAUUCGUGAUGGAGACUUUCUGGACAAUUUCAACUUGAAGUUUGUGCGUGUCCUUGCCAAGAAGAAGAAUUCGCUAGUUUUGGAAGCUUCCAUGAAGAACGACGACUCCAUUCGUAAGGCAAUCAAGAAGAUCCCUUACCUGGACCAUAAAGGACGACAUCGAGGUCUCGAGGACAGCACCGAGGAGUUGACCAUCAUGCACAACGUUCAGCACCCGCACCUCAUGAAGAUGGACUGGGUGGUCACGUGUGACAGCUUCCUGGCUAUCUAUAUGCCUCUGUGUUCUCAGGGAUCUUUGGAUGGAUUGCGUCAGUCGCUCCAACGGGACCAAGUGGAACGGGUUUUCGUGCAAACCGCCUGUGCCCUGAGAUAUCUCCACGACCAGCGCUGUGUACACGGGGACGUGAAGCCAGACAACAUCUUCCUAGACGCCUCCGACAACGCCAUCCUCGGAGACUUUGGUUGUUCUCGGAUCUUACCUGAUGGAAAAAACACCGUGAGUCGCUGGAAAGGAACUCUGGGAUACCUUGGACCUGAGUGUUUCCUUGGUUGCAAAUUCGACCCUUUUCUGAUGGACGCAUACGCACUGGGAGCCACGCUGUGGUCACUGGUUUUCAGACUCAGACCAGAAGACCUGGAUCUACUGGACGUUGUGAGGAAUUCUUCUAUGCCCGAAAUGUACAGAAAAGUUCUGAAAGGACUUUUGCGCAGAGAUCCUCAGAUGCGACUGUCUGUUCCCGACCUUUUAGAGUUCUUGUCUACUAGUGAGAAGCUCAGGGGAAUUAUGGAGGGUGACCGUCCUUUGAUGUGUACUGGUCACUUGCCAAUGUUGAAUGACCACCCUUUGAUGUCUGGUGGUCACUGUGGUGAUGUCUCUGGUGUAGACAAUGAAAGCCGUGUCAAACCAGGGGCCAACAUUAGAUAA